AAAGAAAACAAAAAUUGUUAAAAAUAAUUCAGAAGAGUUUGAUGAAUCUGGUGAAAAUGAUAUUUCAGAUUUUAAGUCUGGCAGUAAAAUGGCAUCUGAACAUAAAUGGAAAAAUCUGAAAUAUAAUCAAGAAGAUUCCCAGGGUAUCAAUAAGGUUGAUAAAUUUAAAAAUCCUGGAUGGUCACCUUCGCCAAAUAAAAUACAAUGUGUACUUUCUCCAAAAAAUAGGGGAAAAUGGUCACCUUUUAAAAAAAAUUCUGAUCAACUAGUACUAAAGAAUGCAACUACUCAAAACAGUUUUAAAAAAAAUACUCCUGACAAUGAUUCUGCUGAAAAUUCAACUUUUAAAAGAAAGCUUUCUUAUGCAAGUAGUUCAAAAUCAAACAGUUUAUUGUUAAUGGACAAUAUUUCUAACAAUUCUGUGGGACAAAAACCAAGAUCUACUCCUUCAGUUGGUGAUGAAUGUACUGAUAGUGAAUUCAAAAAACAGAUUUUACGCCAUAUAAUGUACUUUAAAGUCGAACUAAAACAUAUACUAUCCAUUCAAAAUGAAAACUCGGAAAGAUUGCUCUCAAUUGAAAAUCUAUUAGAAGGAAAAACCAAAAAUCAUAUGACCAACUUAGAGACUAAUAACAUGACAGAUUGCCCUUUACCAAUAGACAGUGAAGUAGACUUGAGUAUAUUUGAGGAUAAAACUUUAGGAGAUUUGGAGUUUAAAAAUAAUUUGAUACAUGAGUUAUCUUGUGUCGGAGGGAAAAAUUUGAAAGCUGCUGUCAAAAGGAUAAUGUCUAAACUAUUCACCAAUAGUUUGCUCUCGCAAUAUUCAUUUUCUGGGAAGAAGGGAAAAAAGAAGUUUUGUGAUUUAUUUAUUCUUCCCAUAAUUUUAAAAUCCAUAAAAAAACAACUCAAAUUCAAGAACGCUAGUGAUCACGAGAUUGAAGAACCAAUAAAAAUAUACUUAGCACAAGCGCCAUUUGCUGAUAAAUAUAAAAAAUAA